AUGAGAGGUUUUGUAUUGCUGUGCUUGCUGGAGGCGGCCUUUAUCCAGGCCAAACAUUAUACCUGGGGUGGGCCUGGAGACACUGGCAGUGGAGCUGUUGAUCCCAACACAGAAAAUUUGUGUCUUAUGGACCAGGCCUCGUGUGGCUGCUGUCUGAUGCAGCAGCAGAUCCACAGGAUGAAGGAAUUCUUCAACAUGAGCCUCAAUGAGCUGGAGAAGGAACUGACAAAGACAAAGACGGUCCUCAAUAAUGUCAGAGCCAGCCGCAGUGCCUUCUCUGUCGCCCUAACCAGUCAGAGCAAACUGGAAUGCUUCGGCCCCCACCGCGACGACAAGCUCAUCCGUUACAAACAUGUCUUCAUCAACCUGGGAGAAGGCUACAAUGUGGACACAGGUAUCUUCAGCGCUCCCCGCUCUGGGGUCUACAGCCUCGCCGUCACCGUCUACAGCGAUUCUGGUUCUCCUGGUAACACCUUGGCGGCCUGCGUGGGGCUACUGGUUAACGGACUGGUGGUGGCAGGGUCGAGAGAGAAAAAUAUGCAAGACCAAGAGGACAGUGCCACCAUUGUCAUGGCCAUCCACCUGAAGGCUGGGGACAAGGUGGCUGUCAACCUUCCCAUUGGAUGUUUCCUCUGCGAUGACAGCAGCCAUUAUAACACUUUCACUGGUUUCCUACUUUAUGCUACUGACUAA